GGUUAUUGACAGCUGUAGAAACUAAAAUUUAUCAUUCGAUUGCAGCCUACUGUUUUCAAUUUAUCGUAUUUUGUAUAUUUUACAAAAUAUAAAAAUGACCUCCAUUGUACAACGGGCUGCCUUCGCCUACCUCAAGAAUAAUGCUCGUUUAUCCCACUCGGCAACUGCUGGAGGACAUGGCGGUGGAUGGCAGCUGUGGAAAAGGCUAUCUCUCUUUGUAGCAUUCCCAGCAGUGGGUCUUGGUAUGGUUAAUGCAUACCUGGGGCAUCAGGAAGGACAUCAUGAACAACCACCAUUUGUUGCCUAUGAACAUUUGCGUGUUCGUACAAAGCGUUUCCCAUGGGGUGAGGGCCAAAAAUCUUUCUUCCACAACCCACAUGUCAACGCUCUUCCCAGCGGUUAUGAACAUUAAUUAUAAUUAUUAGACAUUCAUCUACCAUCUGUUUUAUUUAUAAUUUGUCUAUGGUUCUAUUAGCGAAUACACGCGCAAGCGCGCCACUAGACUACAAAUGUAUUGUGAUAAGUAAUUAAAACAUUAAAAAUUACACUG